AUGAAGCCUAACAUUUGGAACGUGAAGGAUAUUUUGAGUGUCCCAAUGAACUCUGUAGGUGUAAAGUCAGGCAAAGGAGGUUCCACCAGUGACUACUCUAGCCUGCCUGACUCCCAGUUUCUGUUUGGGUCUCAAACCUGGCCUGAAAAUUCUCAAAGCUUUUCUCAGGAGAUAAGCGGACAGUCCAGAGGCUCUCAACAGGCCUCACAGGAGAUAAAUGAAACAAAGGUGUCAACCAGCUAUCACUCCAAGCCCGUGCUGUUUGGUGAUAGCAAAGUAACCAACGUUUCAGGUGGUAGAGCCAUGGGUAUAUUAGAUCGAUUUGAAGAGGAGAAGAGAAAAGCUAAAGAGACGCAAAUCAAAAAUACUUUUCUGAACUGUAUUGAUGGAAGUUGUGACAUAACCAGAGCAGCUGUGGCUGAAGGAAUGGAUAAUUUUAGAAAAACAAUUCAGGAUAAUUUUGUUACCAUAAAGGAGAGUAUAGCAAGUCAGACUGAACUGCUGAUGAGCCAGAUGCAUAGAGAGAUGAAGGACAAUGAUGCAAAGACAUCAUUAGCUCUAAAAGAUUUGAGCUCACUUGUGCUCAGCCUCCAGCAGGAUUUGGAAUCACUGAAACUAGAACAAAACAAGGAGCAGAGUCUGCUUGGAGAGAUUCUGUCUCUGCUUGGCAAAAUGAUGACUGCUCACUCCACUGGCACUCAUCCCGGCCUUGUCCGAAUGAUUGACAACACUGUUCAGACAUCACCUGGUUUGGUAGCACAGUUCUGUAUUGUUUCGGAAGAAAAGUGUUAUGAUGAAAAUAUGAAACAGUGCAGAGAAGCCUUUAAUUACUCAGAGGAAAUAUUAGACCAGGGUAUUUGUACUGUUAAAAAAACAUCUCCAGAGAAAUUUAACAGAGCGGUGUCUCUUCAAGUCACAGACACUCUGCCUUUUGAGAAGCAACGGCACAUAGCAACUGCGCGGUCUGACCCUCAUGGCUGGCAGAAGUCUUACCAUCUGCACUCAGUUACAACUAGUUCUCCAAGCCCAGUGGCUACUGGCACUGUCACUGCCUUUGUACAGGAUCCUAAGAAGAAGUACAUGGUUGGAGCCCCUGUGCAUAUAGAACCGGUAAAGUCUUCGAAUGAUGUGAAUGUGAACAAGUCAGCGACCUGGAUUGAGGUGCCUAGAGAGAAAAUAGUGCCUAAGAGAGCACAGAGAUGUCAGACCUUCAGGAAGAAGAAGAGAGCAUUGAUUCUGCCACAGAGACGCCCUAAUCAAGGGAUGGCUUUGAAUAAUGUGUUUGAAGAUGGUCACCAUGAUGAAGACCAAGAAAACAGGGUGCCACAAUCAGCAGUCAGCGUGUAUCAGAAAACCACCAAAGCUGUUUCAGGGCACCAUCUACCACUGCAACAGCAAAGCACAACUAGUCUGAUGAAUACAAGUGAAUGUGAGCAGCACCUGGAUCCUUGGUCAUGGUCCCAGAGCAGUACCAGCUCGCAGGUGAUUGUGGAAUACCAGCAAGGUGGAUGGGAGACAGUGAAGCCUAAGCAAAAAGCCAAUACUAUACAGAGACAGAGAGGUGUCUGGCAGCUGUUUGACUUCAUCAGUGACUCUGAUUAAUUAGACGUGAGAGAGAUGAUUUUAAGACACAAAGCAAAAAUUUUGACUAGGACUUAGUUCAGAAUGUUUUUGUUAUUUUUCUCUAAAACUGGCAAAGUUUCAGUUCUUUGUAGUUCCACAGUACAUUUCUUCU